UUCAGUGGGCCUUGCUCUUGGGCCACAACACUCAGGGGCCCGCCACCGCAUGGGGCACCUCCCUCUCUCCCUCCUAGCUUUGGUCAGCCCAUCCCUUGGCAGCACUGUGGGGUCACCUUGCAAGAUGUGGGUCCAGGGCUUGCUGUGGCUGUGGCCUCUCAGCCAGAGAGGAUGGAGUGAUGCUUCAGGAACAGGCGGCUGGACCGGAGCGAGUGAACCAGCUCCAGAGACUCCGGCCUGGAACAAAGAAUUCACAUUGUCUACUGAGAAAAUUGCCGAUAAAGAUGAAGAGAAUUCUGAGCGAGGAAACUGGUCAAGCAAAUCAGACUACCUCCUCUCGAUGGUUGGCUAUGCUGUGGGCCUGGGGAAUGUGUGGCGCUUUCCAUACUUGACCUAUCAGAAUGGAGGAGGAGCUUUCCUGAUACCUUACACCAUCAUGCUGGCCCUGGCUGGCCUGCCAUUGUUCUUCCUGGAAUGCUCCCUCGGGCAGUUUGCCAGCUUAGGACCCAUUUCAGUUUGGAGGAUUCUACCCCUUUUACAAGGAGUGGGAGUCACAAUGGUGAUCAUCUCGACAUUUGUGACCAUUUAUUACAACGUCAUCAUUGGCUACAGCCUCUAUUACUUAUUUGCCUCCUUCCAAAGCAAGCUCCCUUGGUCAGAAUGCGACCCAGAGUGGGCCAACGAUAUUUGCAGUAAGACGCCACUAGUGCUUGCAUGCAAUGUCACAUCAGAAGAUGGCACUAUUAUUCCUACCAAUUACUCUUGGGUCAAGAAUCACAACCUCACGUGCAUCAAUGGCAGCAAGGUGUUUGCAAACACCCAGGUUCCCAGCGAACAAUACUGGAACAAAAAGGUCCUUCAGCGCACGGAGGGGUUGAAUGACACCGGGGAGAUUGUGUGGUACCUCGCCCUCUGCCUCCUCCUUUCCUGGCUGAUCGUGGCAGUGGCCUUGUUCAAAGGAAUCAAGUCUUCAGGAAAGGUUGUUUACUUCACGGCCAUCUUCCCGUACGUCAUCCUGGUGAUCUUGCUGGUCCGAGGUGCCACUCUGGAAGGGGCUCGCGAGGGCAUUGAGUAUUACAUUGGGUCCCAGUCUAAUUUCACCAAGCUGACAGAGGCAGAGGUCUGGAAAGACGCUGCCACACAGAUCUUCUUCUCUCUGUCUGUCGCAUGGGGCGGGUUGGUCGCCCUCUCCUCCUACAAUAAAUUCAACAACAACUGUUAUUCAGACGCCAUCUUCGUCUGUGUGACAAAUUGCCUCACCAGUGUCUUUGCUGGCUUUGCGAUUUUCUCCAUCUUGGGACACAUGGCAUUUGUGGCGGACAAGAAGGUCUCAGAAGUCGUCGAUUCAGGUUUUGACCUGGCAUUUGUUGCCUAUCCAGAGGCUCUUUCCAAACUCCCUGUUGCCCCCCUCUGGUCCUUCUUGUUCUUCUUCAUGCUGCUGCUUUUGGGUCUCGAUUCCCAGUUUGCUACUGUAGAGACCAUCACAACCACCAUCCAUGAUAUCUACCCCAAACUGAUGAAGAAAAUGAGGAUCCCAGUGACCUUGGGCUUAUGUGCGGUGCUGUUCCUCCUUGGGCUCAUCUGUGUCACCCAGGCAGGAAUCUACUGGGUCAACCUGAUAGACCAUUUCUGUGCCGGAUGGGGGAUCCUUUUUGCAGCUGUCCUGGAGCUGGCAGGAAUUAGCUGGAUUUAUGGAGGAAACCGGUUUAUCGAAGACAUCGAAAUGAUGCUUGGGAAGAAGAGCUGGUGUUUCUGGCUGUGGUGGAGAGCCUGCUGGUUUGUCAUCACGCCUUGCCUCCUGCUCGCAAUUUUGAUUUGGUCUUUGAUCACAUUUGACCCUCCUAAAUAUGGCUCAGUUACGUACCCUGCCUGGGGAUCUGCGGUUGGUUGGUGCAUGAUCACAUUCUGCCUCAUUUGGAUCCCCAUCAUUGCAAUUUACAAGAUCAUAAAAGCAAAAGGGAAUCUGUGUCAGCGCAUCGCCGCCUGCUGCAAGCCCCAGGCCAACUGGGGGCCUGCCCUGAUGUGCCACCGUGGCGAAAGGUACUGCAACGUGGUCGACGAAGAGAAGGAACGGGACUUUGAGAUCCCAACCGUGGAUGGCUACAUACACAAGCUGGAGUGAUGAGGCCGGAUGGGAGGCGAGAGGCGUCCUUCGAAACCCACACACAGCAGAGUUUGGGGUGGGGUGUGGAAUGGGUUUUUAUUGUUUUUUAAUCAUGGAAGCCAUGCUAUUUAUUCUGAGAACUGGUAUAUUCUGUUAGAGAGCAACGGAUAAAUAAGUCAGUGGCACUUGGAGGCAGGUUCUUCAGCACCAGCGUGUACCAAGAGAUCAACCCGCCCAGUUGCAGGGUGCAGCGAGGAGGGCAGCAAGUCUCCUCCGCCCCUAGAAGAUGCUUCAUCGGAUCCAUGCUGUGCAUGGGGAGAGGUGGAGGUGGCUACAGAGUUCAGCCCCCUCUUCCCAGGGGGGCUUAAACUAGACCUUGCUGGGGGAGGGGGUCUGAUCCUCUGACAUGUCCUUGAAGAACUUUGCACAAAUCCUCCCUGGAGCCUUAGCCUUCUACCUGACAAAUGAGGACAAAAGCCCUAUUCUACCUCUCAGGGGUGUUGUAAUGGGGAAUGCACUUCGUUGUACCAUAAGGGUGAUUCAGAAUCAUGCAAGUGCCAAAUGCUGCAAUCCUAUGCACACUUACCUGAAAGUAAGCACCAAUGAAGUCAAUGGGACUUACUUCUGAGUAGGUCAGUCUGUAUGACACGAAGAUGUUUCCAUCUUAAUGUUCCUGGAGCUAUGAUUAUGACACUAUAUAACACUAUGUGUGUGUGUGUGCGCGAGAGUAUGUGUGUCCACAUUAUAUUACACACACACAUAUAUCCAGGCAUUCCAAAUUCAGAAAGCCUGGGUGAUGUGCACAUUUUAUUUUAUUUUGCAUAAUUUAUUCUUUCAUUUUUAUUUUACUCUUCUUUGCUCUGAGCGGGAAGGGCAAAGGCACUGAAUAUCCCCCCCCCCUCAGCCAGUGUUGCUCACACAUCUCCAAGCAUAUCUUCAGAAUCAUAAGGGCUAGCAACUUGGGAGUUUUUCUUGCCAAAAUGAGAUUAUUUGGAAACAGGACCUGUGCCCAGUGCCACAUUUUGUGCUCGUGGCCCUAGCUAUUCUCAGCAGGCCCAAAGUGGCUGGCUGGCCAGCCAAGCAGCUGACUUUUACUUUACUUUUUGUUUUGUGUAUUCUUCUUCUUGCCAUCUCUUUGUGACACAGAGGUUCUUUCCACAUCUUCCUCCCUACUCCUUCCUACCACCUCCUUCCCAAUUUCUGUGUGCCUCCAGGGACGGUCGUUUUUGUUAAGAAUUGUUGCACGAAAGAGUCAGCACUUGCUGUCCAUUGUUCGCUUAAACCCACUGUUCUUGAUACCUUCAGACAGCCUGAGCUGCAAGUGGAACCUUCCCCUAGAGCCCAUCUAGAUGUUUAUUUCAUAGCAUUGUUAUUUUCUGCCAAAAGAGAAAAGUGGCAUUUUAAUUUUUUUAUUUAUUUUAUUUUUUAAGAAAUAUGGGAUUUCAGCACCUUUUUUGUUGUGGCUAGAUACACUCCGCUAUUCAGGACCUUGUGGCUGGUGUCUUCCAGGGAUGGGAAGCCUGUGAGUUCCCCAUAACAUCUGGAGGGCCACCGAUUCCUUAUGCCUGGCCUAUGCUCCCAAAGGCAACCGCUUCUUUGGACCCCCAACGGAAGUGACAGGGUGUGGGGAAGGGGGGAGCAACUCUUUCUUCCCAAUGACCUCAGUGAAAGGGAGGAAGUGGAGUGGCUUCAUCCUUCUGACAGAAUCCACACAGCUGGCCCUCAGAAGCAGGCUGCUCCCUGGAUUUCUGAUUCUGGGUGGAUGUGUGGUAGAAAACCACGUGGCAGGAUGUGACAACCAAGUUGUUGCGGAUGCCCCUCCGCGGUGCGUGACCACGUGGUUUCCUGGAUACCGUUCCCCGGCUGUUUUCAACAUUUCCUGUCGAGUGGAGGCCAAUGUCCCAGCAAUCUCGUUUUCCAAAAAGGAGCCCUUGGACCGUGUGAAACGGCCAUCGCCUGUACUCUUUGUUUGAGGGGCAGCUGUACCACCUCCCCUUCCGUGACGUUUUGAAACUCAUUCUUCCACGCCACGUGGCAGGGACCAAGUCCUGUGGCAAAAGGGGGGAGGCCGACUAUUUCCCCCCACGUGCCUUUUUUAUACUGCAGAUGUGUUGUCUGUUUUGUGAAAUGAACAUGUUGCCAUCUGAAAUCAAUAAAAUGCUGAGUUUUUUAAAAA